AUGGAAAUUGGUGGAAAAUCAAGUACCGAUCACCAGACAAUGGAUCAAAGCCAUGAAGUUUCACUUGCUAGCAAUUCUUUGGAGGAGCGAUUGAAAAACAUGAAGCUUUUCUCCCCGGCAUGCUGCAUCUAUAGAGUCCCUGAACGAUCGCGGAAGUUACAUAGAAAGGCAUAUACACCUCGAGUAGUCUCAAUAGGCCCUCUUCACCAUGAUAAGGAAAAUCUAAAAGCUAUGGAAGACCACAAAAUAAUGUACCUGCAACAAUUUCUUCAACAGAGCAAGGUAAGUCGGGAGGGUUUAUGUAACGUUAUCAAGGAUAAUGAAAAGGACUUACGUGAUUGUUAUGCAGAGACCACUGGUCUUAAUAAAGCAGAGUUUGUAACAAUGAUCUUACUGGAUGCUGUCUUCAUUAUUAUGGUCUUACUGAAGUUGAAGUACAGGAGUUUGGUUUUUAGAAAUGGACUUAGUGAUCGGAUUUUCUAUCGUCCAUUUAUGCUACAUGACGUAGUGUUCGAUAUGCUAUUGCUUGAAAAUCAGCUUCCGUUCUUCAUCCUCGAGAAGUUGUUUGAGCUAUCCAGUGUAGCUGAGAAUUGUACCAUUAUUGAGCUUACCUGUGGGUUUCUAAGAUGUCAAUGGGCUGGCUGGGUAAAAGAGGACAGUUGGAAAGCAAUCGAUUUCUCUGGAGUCCUACAUUUCGUUGACUUCCUAAGAAAGUGUCUGCAGCCACCGGCAUUGUGCCGUCGUGCUGUCGAAGAAACAGCCUUUUCAAGAGCACCCACUGCAACAGAGCUCCAUCAAUCUGGAGUGAAAUUUAGGAAUCCAGAAAAAAGCUUUCUAUUUGGCAUAACAUUCAGUAAAGGGAUUCUAGAAAUCCCACAACUGCAAAUAGAUGAAGGCACGGAAAUCUUAUUCAGAAAUCUCCUGGCCUUUGAGGAAUGCUAUAAUUGGAUUGAGGAUACUUUCGUAGAUGACUAUAUUACUUUCAUCAGCUGCCUCGUCAGGGCCCCUAAUGAUGUGAAAGUACUUGCUCGUAAAUGGAAUUCGAAAAAUAUGCAAGUGGUGUCGAAUCUUCUUUACAGUCAUGACCACAACAAUGUCACUACAAAUAGUUUUCUUUGGGGUGUCUGCGAUGCUCUGAAUUCACAUUGCAGAACGCGUAGGCAUAAUAAGUUAAAGACCUUGAAGGCAGCUUUGAAACAGAUGUUUGUCAAUAAUCCAUAG